GUUUUUGCAUGAACGCACGCAUCUCAUGUCAACGAAACUGAACGUUUGUCACCGUAAAUUAGGUUAGAAAAAUUAAAAACAUAGUAUUCUGACUUUUGAGAAACUACGGUCAAUAAUGUUAUAAUUACUUAAUUUUGUAGCUAAUAUUGCAUUAAGUGAAUUGCUUAACACUGUAGCAAGUUAACCAAAAUUUUAGAUCAAGAGGAGCGAUGGACCCCGAAAUGCUGGCCAGACUGAUACCGCAGGGCAAGGAGACAGUGCGACCGGCCUGCAAGAAGUGCGGCUACUCGGGUCACCUCACCUACCAGUGCCGCAACUUCAUCAAGGUCGACCCCAACAAGGACAUAGUGCUGGAUGUCAGCAGCACCAGCAGUGACACCGAGGAAGAGUACACCACCCCGCUCACCACGCUCAGGGACCAGGAGCUGCGAGCCAAACUCAAGGAAGCUAGGAAGAAAGCGAAGCUCAAGAAGAAAAAAGCCAAGAAAAAGAAGAGGUUGAAGGAGAAAAUCAAGAAGAAGCACAAGGAGCGACGACGGUCGACUUCGUCGUCUGGGUCGACAGCCGAAUCCGAGGACGACAGUUCGUCGGGUAGCAGUGACGAACGUGAGAAACGUCGCAAAAAGUCGUCGAAAAAACGGAAAAAGUCGAAGAAGAAACGGUCGAAACGUAGGAGUUCCGAUAGUGGAAGUGAUUCAGAUUGAUGUCGAAAUGCGCAAAAUGUUUAAGAAAAACGGUCGAAACGUAGGAGUUGAAUCUGUGCAAAGGCUAAAAAUAAACUAUCUACUGGUGAUAUUUUACAAAGUUUUUCUAUUUGUAUAUCAUCAAGCUAUCAAAAUGAAAAAGUUUUCUCAGGUAAACAUUUUUUUUCCGACCAUUACUUUUUGAUAUAUGAGCGCCUAAAGUUUAAAUUUUUGGGACAGGGCAUUUCAAAUUCGGUAAGAGAUAAAUCAAUGAGAUUCAGAGGAUAAAUGUAUUCAGAGGAUAGAGUUACUUAUGGUAGAUUGAAUAACUUUCUCAAAAUUUGAUAUUUUUAGAAAAUUUUUGUUCAACCAAUCAACAAGACCAUGAAGAAUUCAUCCUCUGAAUAUCAUGGAUUUAUCUCUUACCGAAUUUGAAAUGUCCCGUCCCAAAAAUUCAAACUUGAGGCGCUCAUAUCUUAAAAAGUAAUGAUCGGGAAAAAAUGUAUUCCUGAGAAAACUUUUUUAUUUUGAUAGCUUGAUGAUAUACAAAUCGAAAAACUUUGAAAAAUAUCACCAGUAGAAAGUUCAUUUUUAGCCUUUGCACAGCCUUAAGAUGUGAAAAUUAUUCAGAUUGAUAUCAGUGCACACUUUGUAAAGCAUUCCUGGCUUUACCAUGUUCAAAUGUGAAGCUUGGUGAAACCGGGCAUGAGGGUUUUAAUUUGACUGGUAUUGAGUGUAAGAAUCAAUAAUUUGAACGCUUUUCAAAGUGGAUGAAAAACUGUCAAAACGUAGGAGAUUCAGAUUGACGUUCAAUGACUGACGAACGUUCCAACAAGCAACACGCUUCCCAGAAUGUCCCCGAUUGGCUAAUUCUCACCAACAGCUGUUUCUCAGCCAAUCGGAGGAAAUUCUGGGUGGCUUGUUGGCUUUCUGGAACAAUCAAUCAUCAGUGACCAGUCCAAAGAUCAAAGAAUAGAAUUACCUUUUACUUGGAUUUUAUAAUUUUGACAAACCUGCGUAGCCCUAACUAAAGUAGACUAUUUGGACUGAACAGUUUGUGCGGAGAAAGUAAGAACCUACGAGAAAACUGUUUAGGAGAUAAGUUUAUAUAAAAUGUGGUACUGACUGAUAUUAGGAAAUACUCAAACUUUAACUUUAUAAAAAUACUCAAAGGACCAAUGAAAGUAUGGUCCUAAACUUGUUAGUCAAUAUUAUGAUAUUCAUCGAUCAACGUAACUUGUACAUUUUGUGAAUCAGCUAAUGUUAAGCUGCGUUUAUACCAAAGUUAAUAACAAAAUGUUAAUAACUUAAUCCUUAUAGAUUCUUUUAGAUUGAACAUAUUUUAUCAUUCACAUGAUGAACAUUUGUGUUUGUCAAGUUCCGUUUAAUAUAAUAGAAUCUAUAAAGAAUUAUGUUAUUAACAUCUUGUUUAUAACUUUGGUUUAAACCCAGCCUUUAGUGUGUGUGAGUGUGACAGUCCAGUAGAUUUUAAUCAAUGAACAAUUUUAUAUUUGACUGAUUCUCGAUUGAUAUUAUUCGAAAUAAACCUAUUUAUUUUUAGCUCAUACGUACAUUUGAUAAUAAAUAUCAACUUCAGGAA